AUUAUCUUAUUAUANNNNUUAUUUUGAUUAGAAUAAAAUUUCUUUUCGAUCCUUAAUCAUUUACGAAUUUGACCUAGCGCCCCCUCACCAUUAGAAAUUAACAACACGACCUUCAUCGAUUCUCUCUGUGUGACCAAAAGGACUCUUUUGUCGGUUUACGGGUAAAAAAUAACCGGAAGAUCCUAUCUGUACCGAUAACUGUUAUACGUGGACCGAGUGUUGUUGAUAGGAUAGAAUCCAUGUACACAGUCAUCAAAAACGCUGCAGUUUUGAUUCCAGUUCUUAAUAAGAGUACUAUCAAAUGUUAAUGUGAACCCUAAAUAUCAAAUCUCACCUUGCAUUCAGUGAUGAACAUGGAAGAACAUUCAUCAGGUUCAAUCCGUCGUUCAUGGAAAGAGAAGUCGACGGGAGCUUCAAGCGACAACUCUGACAAUGUUGGCAUGGCAACGAAGAAGUUCACAAAUCCAAACUGUUAUUGUGGAGCUCAUGCGAUUCUCUUUGAAUUCACCACAUCAAAUAAUCCAAAUAGGUUGUUCUUUGGUUGCAAUUAUUUCAAGACUCCUUCAACGCAUUGCAAAUAUUUUAAGUGGCUGGAUGAGCUGAUAACUGAGUCUGGCUACACGGUGGUAGAAGACCAGAAGAUGGAAGUUCAUGGGAGAUUGAAGGAGUUGGAGGACAAAAUUAAAGAGAUGGAGAUUAAGCUAUAGAUGUGUUAUCAUGGCAUUUGUCAUUAUUGUUGUUGUUAGAUUUUUUAUUACUGCACUUUAGUCUAAUAGGAUGUAAAAAAAUUAUAACUUAUUUUGGAUGUUGAUGUUAUGAACUAGAUGCACAUUAUG